AUGAACGUGACACUCGCUGUCAAGCAGUAUGUCUCUAAAAUGAUAGAGAACAGCGGGCCAGGAAUGAAGGUUCUCCUUAUGGAUAAAGAGACGACCAGCAUUGUGAGCAUGGUCUACACGCAGUCUGAGAUCCUGCAGAAAGAAGUCUACCUGUUUGAGCGGAUCGACUCGCAGAACCGAGAAAGCAUGAAACAUCUGAAGGCUAUCUGUUUCCUCCGGCCCACAAAGGAGAAUGUCGAGAACCUGAUCCAAGAGCUUCGCAGACCCAAGUACAGUGUCUAUUUUGUCUAUUUCAGUAACGUGAUCAGUAAGAGUGAGGUGAAGUCUCUGGCUGAGGCCGAUGAGCAGGAGGUGGUUGCUGAAGUUCAGGAGUUCUAUGGAGACUUCAUUGCUGUUAACCCUCAUCUUUUUUCCCUUAACCUCCAAGGAGUGGCCAGGGGUCGGAGCUGGGAGCCCAGUCAUUUGGCUCGCACCACGCAGGGCUUGACGUCUGUCCUGCUGGCGCUGAAGAAAUGCCCGAUGAUUCGGUACCAGCUCUCCUCUGACAUGUCCAAAAGGCUUGCGGAGAGUGUGAAACAAAUAAUCACUAAAGAGUAUGAGCUGUUUGACUUCAGAAAGACAGAGGUACCUCCUCUCCUGCUUAUUCUGGACAGAAGUGAUGAUGCCAUUACACCCUUACUCAACCAGUGGACGUAUCAGGCCAUGGUUCACGAGUUGUUGGGUCUAAAUAACAACCGCAUUGAUCUGUCCAGAGUGCCUGGAAUCAGCAAGGACCUGCGUGAGGUGGUGCUGUCCGCAGAGAACGACGAGUUUUAUGCAAACAAUCUGUACCUUAACUUUGGGGAGAUUGGUACCAACAUUAAGAACCUGAUGGAAGAUUUUCAGAAGAAGAAACCUAAGGACCAGCAGAAGCUGGAGUCCAUCGCAGACAUGAAGGCGUUUGUGGAUAACUACCCCCAGUUUAAGAAGAUGUCGGGCACGGUGUCCAAACACGUGACGGUGGUGGGGGAGCUGUCCAGACUGGUGAGCGAGAGGCAUCUCAUGGAGGUGUCUGAAGUGGAGCAGGAGCUGGCCUGCCAAAACGACCACUCCAGCGCUCAGCAGAAUGUGCGGAGGCUGCUGCAGAACGGGAGGGUGACGGAGAUGGACGCCGUCAGGCUGGUGAUGCUGUACGCGUUACGCUACGAGAGACACAGCAGCAGUGUUUUACCCAGCCUUAUAGAGGAGCUCAACCGCAAAGGCGUGUCUGAAAAAUACCGCAGGAUGGUCCAGGCUGUGGUAGAGUACGGAGGAAAACGGGUCAGAGGAAGUGACCUCAUCACUCCCACAGAUGCUGUAGCCAUCACCAAACAGUUUUUCAAAGGGCUAAAGGGAGUUGAGAAUGUAUACACCCAGCAUCAGCCACUACUACAUGAAACCCUGGACCAGCUGAUCAAGGGCAGACUGAAGGACAGUCAGUUCCCUUACCUGGGGCCGAGUGCUCUCCGAGACAGACCACAGGACAUCAUCGUCUUCAUAAUUGGGGGGGCGACCUAUGAGGAGGCGCUUACCGUUUACAAUCUGAACCGCACCAUGCCGGGGGUCCGGAUCGUCCUGGGAGGCACCACCAUCCACAACACCAAAAGCUUCUUAGAGGAAGUGACGUUAGCCGUUGGAGCGGGUCACGGUGGCAGCCGGACUCAAGCAGCAGGCCGACAACCAAGCCGACACUGAACGUGAAAACUGUUAUGAACACACACACACACACACACACACUCAC